AUGGCUCCAGCUCCGCCACUCAAGAUCGCAAUCAUCGGCGCCGGCUUGAUUGGGCCCAGACACGCGAACACCGUCGUCCAGGACCCAAACGCCGCCCUAGCAUGCAUCGUCGACCCCAGCCCAGCCGCCAAACAGGUAGCAGCCACUCUACAAACCCCCCUCUACCCCUCGGUGCAAGCCAUGCUCUCCUCCCCGCAUCGUCCUGACGCCGCCAUCGUGUGCACCCCCAACCACACGCACGUCCCCGUGUCCACCGAGCUCCUCUCCAGCGGCAUCCACGUCCUCUGCGAGAAGCCCAUCUCCACCUCCAUCGCGAGCGGCCAGGCCCUCGUCGACCUCGCAUCACGCCGCAACCUGCACCUGCUCAUCGGCCACCACCGCCGCUUCAACCCCUUCGUCGUCGCCACCAAGCGCAUCCUCGCCCACCCCACCCACUCCCUCGGCCAAAUCACCGCCGUCUCGGGCCUCUGGACGCUGCGCAAGCCGCCCGCCUACUACGACGCGCCGGCCGCGUGGCGGCAGAGCGCGUCGAGCGGCGGGCCGGUGCUCAUCAACCUCAUCCACGACAUCGACGUGCUGCACCACCUGCUCGGCCCCGUCGUCGGCGUCGCCGCCUUCGAGGCGGCCAAGCGCCGCGGCCACGCCGCCGAGGAGGGCGGCGCCAUCAUCCUGCGCUUCGCCAGCGGCGUCGUCGGCACCUUUGUCCUCUGCGACGCCGUCGCCAGCCCGCACGCCUUCGAGCUGGCCACGGGCGAGAAUCCGCUGUUCCCGCCCACCAGCGCCGACGUGUAUCGCAUCUUCGGCACCGAGGCGACGCUGAGCGUGCCGGAUCUGGGGAGGUGGGCGUAUGCGAGCGGGAGGGAGAAGUCGUGGCGGAGUGAGAUGGUGAGGGAGACGCUGAAGCUGGAGGAGCUGUUGGGGGAGGACGAGAGGACGAAGGCGCCGUUUGAGUUGCAGGUGGAGCAUCUGGUGAGGGUGGUGAGAGGAGAGGCGAGCCCGGUUUGUAGCGGGGCGGAUGGGUUGGCGGCUGUGAGGGUGGCGGAGGCGGUGAGGGAGGCGUUGAGGACGGUGGGUGUGGUGCAUGUCAACCAGGAUCGGCCAAAACUAUAA